AUGGGUAUUAAAGGACUUCAUGGCCUUCUCAAGUCAAUCCAGAAACCAUGCCACUUGAAGAAGUUCAGCGGACAAACCCUGGGGGUAGACGCUUACGGGUGGUUACAUCGUGGGACGGUGGCCUGCGCCGUCGACCUAGUUCUGGAUAGGCCGACCACAAAACAUAUUGAUUUCGUCCUGAGUCGAGUCCGUAUGCUCCUCUUCUUCGGAGUUAAGCCGUAUCUUGUCUUCGAUGGGGACAACUUGCCAAGUAAGUCCGGUACCGAGCUCGACCGACAGCAGAGGCGUCAUGAGAGCAAAACGCUAGGAAUGGAACUCUAUCGCAAGGGGCGAACCGCAGAGGCGUAUCAAGAGCUCCAGAAGGCUGUGGAUGUAACACCGCUUAUGGCGCGUCAGUUGAUUGAGGAAUUGAAAAAACUGGACAUUCAAUACGUGGUAGCGCCUUACGAGGCCGAUGCACAGCUUGUUUAUUUGGAGAAGCACGGCUUUAUUGACGGCAUUAUAUCGGAAGACUCUGACUUGCUUGUAUUCGGCGCCAAACGACUGUUGUCCAAGCUUGACCAGCAUGGUGAACUGAUUGAAAUCAACCGUGCUGAUUUCACGGCUUGUCGAGAAGUCAGCUUUGUGGGUUGGACGGACGCCGACUUCAGACGAAUGUGUAUCAUGAGCGGUUGCGACUACUUGCCCAACAUUGCUCGCGUCGGGUUGAAGACAGCAUACCGAAGCAUUCGGAAGUACAAAAGCGUGGAGAAGGCGCUUAGGAUGCUUCAAUUCGAGGGCCCGUACCAUGUGCCAGCCGACUACCUUCAGAGCUUCAUGCAGGCUGAACUGACUUUCCUCUAUCAGAGAGUAUUUUGCCCAAAGUCUGGCAAAUUAGUUCCCUUGACAUCACCGGAUGAUGGAGUUAACUUGGAUGAGCUUCCUUUUAUCGGUGCUGAUAUGGAUCCUGAGACCGCUGUCGGAGUCGCGAAUGGUGACCUAGAUCCAACAUCGAAAAAACCCCUACAGUUGGUGAUAAAACCACUGGGCUCAAGCACAGUAGAACAGAACAAACAUAUUGCGUCCCUCAGCCGAAGACAAACAAUUGGCUCGUUCUCGGAUAUAAAACCAUCUAAGCCAAUAAACUCCUUCUUCACCCCGAAACGCGUUCCACUUGCCGAGCUGGAUCCAAAUAGCCUCACUCCAUCGCCAAGUCAGCAACGACUACUUCAUCGUCAUGUCAACAGUUCCUGGGAGCCCUCCCUUGCUCCGUCUCGCCCAUCCGUCGCUAGGUCUACCACCGUUAAUGACUCGUCUAGUCGUCUUUCGAGUCCGCUCGUGAGAAGUGCUGAACGGUCUUUAUUUCUAGCACGCACUUCGAAGUUGACAACUCUGCAGCCUAGCAAACGACAGAGGCUCUGCUCAGAAACAGACGAAGUGAUCGCUGCUAGUACACCAGACUGCCGCAGUCGCUUCUUCGCAGCCAGCUCGAAUGAUGAAACCCCUAGCGGCGGCCAAAAGCUUAAUCGUAGCAAGAAAGCGCGCAAGUCUACUUUAGACGUUUUCUCGGACGAUGCGACCGAAGAUAUUAUGUCACAGAUGCCUGAUCCGAGCGAAGCCGCGAAUAUGACGAAUGAGAAAUUCUCAGCAGCAGGUCACUCCGGUGAAAGCAGCGAACGUGAAGAUGAAGUAACCAAAACAAAUGUUCCAAUUACUACCAGGAGCGAGACCGAGGCCACCCAACUUGAUGCUAAGAAGCAGGCCUACGAGGCUGCAUUUGACAGCAGAACGCUAUCCAGAAAGAUAAGCGCCGCAUCAGAGCCUCAGGUCGUUCCACAGGUUACGGACCAUCAUAUCAAGCGGCAGACCUCGACACUCUCGAAGUAUUCCUUCAAGACUGAUGCUAGUGGAACCCGACCUAAUCCACAGCACUCGGCCGUGAACGGUCCUGAACGGAGUGCUUCGAGCCAGUUGGUUCGCCAAAGAACCUGGACGCCUACACAACCCAAGCGGCUAACCCCAUUACAGCGGUUGGGCCAGAACGCUUUAUACCGAUCACGAUCAUUGAACAACAUGCCGGCCUCACCUACGAUUUCCAGAUCCCCAAGUCGGAUUGAGGACAGGACCAGCGUCAGCUCCGGUGACUGUCCUCCUGCAAUCACUUUACGCACCGGACAGGGUAGCGAGGAUCUCAUAGUCCCAGACAGUGAAGAGGAGGAAGAUGAUUGCGAUGCAGGCGACGACAGUGUUAGCCAAUCUCGAGUAACAGCUUUGGAUCUCAAACGGUUCUCUUUCACGGCGAGAUGA